GCGCGCUGCUGCGGAGCGGAGCCUCGGGCCGGGGUCCCUGUCCCGGGCUGACCCCGACUGCGCGUCCCCCCGCACCCCGGAGGCCGCGCCCCCCGAAUCUGCUCGGCGGAGGAACCUCCGGUGGCAACCCAAAUCCUCUCCACCGGCUCUUUCCAUCGCGGAUUUCGGGGCGGCCCCCUCCCCCUCUUCUCGCUCUGCUUCUUUGCACCCCAAUUUGCACUGCGUUCCUCCCCGCCUCGGCUGCCGUCUGUUUUUGCAUCCCUCUUCCUGUUGCUUCUGGGAGGUGGCGUGAAGCUGCACUCGUCCCCCUUCCCCUUUUUACCCUCCCCUGCUCUGACCCCCCACCUCACCCCUGUUGAUCGCAGUUGGGGGGCCUAGGACCGGUGCAUCCCACGCCGCGCUGCCAGCCGCCCGCAGCGCGUGGCUGAGCACCCCGGGAUUCGCGGCGGCUGCGCCUCUGAAGGCGGGGGUCCCCCUCGCUCCGGCUGCCUUCGCCCCCGGCGCGUGCCGGCGCGUGGGAGGGGGGCUACAGCGCUCCGCACCCCGGCUUCUCCGUAGCCCCCCGCCCCGCCGCCAAGAUGGUCACCCAGAAAGAGAAGAAGAGCUGCGGGCAGGUGGUUGAGGAGUGGAAGGAGUUCGUGUGGAACCCGCGGACGCACCAGUUCAUGGGCCGCACCGGGACCAGCUGGGCCUUCAUCCUCCUGUUCUACUUCGUCUUCUAUGGCUUCCUCACGGCCAUGUUCACCCUCACCAUGUGGGUGAUGCUGCAAACCGUCUCUGACCACACCCCCAAGUACCAGGACCGACUGGCCACGCCAGGCCUGAUGAUUCGCCCCAAGACCGAGAACCUGGAUGUCGUCGUCAACGUCAGCGACGCCGAGAGCUGGGGCCAGCACGUGCAGAAGCUCAACAAGUUCCUGGAGCCUUACAACGACUCCGUCCAAGCCCAGAAGAACGACGUCUGCCGCCCCGGGCGCUAUUACGAGCAGCCGGAUAACGGCGUCCUCAACUACCCGAAACGGGCCUGCCAGUUCAACCGGACCCAGCUGGGCGACUGCUCCGGCCUCGGCGACCCCACCCACUACGGCUACAGCACUGGGCAGCCCUGCGUCUUCAUCAAGAUGAACCGGGUCAUCAACUUCUACGCAGGAGCAAACCAGAGCAUGAACGUCACCUGUGUGGGGAAGCGGGAAGAAGAUGCUGAGAACCUGGGUAGCUUCGUCAUGUUCCCUGCCCACGGCAACAUCGACCUCAUGUACUUCCCCUACUACGGCAAGAAGUUCCACGUGAACUACACCCAGCCCCUCGUGGCCGUCAAGUUCCUGAACGUGACCCCCAACGUGGAGGUGAACGUGGAAUGCCGCAUCAACGCCGUCAACAUCGCCACGGACGACGAGCGGGACAAGUUCGCCGGCCGAGUGGCCUUCAAACUCCGCAUCAACAAAACCUGAGAGCCCCCCCACCCCUUCCUCCUGUCCCCACCUCUUUCCUGUGGAUGCUUCCGGAAUGUCCCUUUCCCUUUCCCUCCGCUCCCAGCCUGAUGGAUGUCCGUUGUGAUUUCCCCGCUUUCGCACACUUUCCACCGUCUUCUCCCAGCCCCUCUCAGUCAGGCGGGAAGGUGGGGUCCCCCAUGGUCACGGUUUAGCUGUGAGUGGGGUGUCCCCACAGCUACCCUCCUAGCCCCUGAGAGAGAUAGAAAAUGCCUCCCCAUCUUCGCACGCAC